GCGCCACUAAAAACUACAUUUCCCAGAAGGCACUUGAAACGCAGGUGCCCCGGCAACUUGUUGCCUCGUGAGGAAAAUAGGGGUGACCUCCGCAAUCUCCGGAGUAGUGGGAGAGCAGCUGUCAUUGUCAACCAGCUGAAAAUGGCUGAGCCUAUUAGGGUCCUGGUGACCGGUGCCGCAGGGCAGAUCGCAUACUCUCUGCUAUACAGCAUUGCAAAGGGAGAUGUCUUCGGUAAAGAUCAGCCUCUCAUUUUGCUUCUGUUGGACAUCACUCCCAUGUUGCCUGUUCUGGAGGGUGUCGUUAUGGAGCUGCAGGACUGUGCUCUCCCAAUUCUGAGAGAGGUCAUCCCCACUGAUAAAGAGGAUAUUGCAUUCAAAGAUUUGGAUGCUGCCAUCCUGGUGGGAUCCAUGCCAAGAAGAGAGGGCAUGGAGAGAAAGGAUCUACUGAAGGCUAACGUUGCCAUCUUUAAGUCCCAGGGGCAGGCUCUUGACAAGUAUGCAAAGAAAACAGUCAAGGUUCUAGUUGUUGGUAACCCAGCCAACACUAACUGUCUGAUUGCGGCCAAAUCCGCCCCAUCCAUCCCCAAAGAGAAUUUCUCCUGUCUGACGCGACUGGAUCACAACAGGGCUUGCUCUCAGGUGGCAACGCGUUGUGGCAUUUCAGCAAACGUUGUGAAGAAUAUGAUCAUCUGGGGAAAUCAUUCAUCUACGCAGUACCCUGACGUCCACCACUGCAAGGUGAAUGUGCAGGGGAAGGACGUGACUGCCUUUGAUGCAGUGAAGGACGAUGCCUGGCUAAAAGGAGAUUUCAUUUCUACAGUGCAGCAGCGUGGUGCUGCAGUCAUUAAAGCCAGGAAGCUCUCCAGUGCCAUGUCAGCGGCCAAGGCCAUCUGUGACCACAUGAGAGACAUCUGGACAGGCACUGCCGAGGCUGAGUUCAUCUCUAUGGGUGUCUGUUCCACUGGAAACCCUUAUGGAGUACCUGAGGACCUCAUUUACUCAUUCCCUGUUUCAAUCAAGGAUAAGACCUGGAAGAUUGUUGAAGGCCUGGUCAUCAGUGACUUCUCAAGAGCAAAGAUGGACGCAACAGCAGCUGAAUUAGUGGAGGAAAGAGACACCGCUGUCUCUUUCUUGGGUGUGUGACUAGAAACCCACUCUUAGAUGCCCAGAAAACUCCAAAAGCAUGUUUGUAAAACACUCCUGAAAAUCUUUUUCUUCCCCUGAAACUGUUACACAAAUACUAGAACUAUAUGUACUUGAAUUUCCUAAACCUGUUCAGCUGGAUUUUGUCUGAUAAUUCAGAAUUGGAAUCUAGUCCAGCUGUUUAACAGGGACUUUGGUUGUUUCCUUUCUUGGUUUUGGUCUUCCACCAGAGCACAGCUUUCAUGUAAAGAGAAAAGGUAGUCUAAAACAAGAUUUUAAUUAUUUCUAGACUGCCCUUUCCAAUCCAGAAUUGCUUAAAGGAGGACCAAAGCCUUGAAAGAACUCAGAGUACAUGGAUUAGGUCUUUCUGUGUCAUUGUCCAGACUGAAAUUUCAGCUGUUACAUAUCUGACAGGAGUCAGAAAUGAUCAAGGAAUGUUUCUUGUUGUAAUUAAAUUCCUUUGGCAGUGUGGUUACUGUAACAGAUGUUUAUAUGUAGAAUCCCGCAAUAAAACCCAGACAUUAAAAUGCAUUAUUGCACUUUUGUAUAUUAACAGUACUAAAACAUUCUUUUGCACACUGUGGUUUACAAUGAAUAAUGACCAAAAUUGUCUAUUACAGUCAAUUAAUUGACAUAUGUAGUGUUUAGAGUCAGGAUAAUUUUUUUCAUUUCUGAACCUUAGAAAUACUGAAUAUUGUACAUACUGUAUCUUGCAACACAUUACAUGCGCUGUACGAAAGGAGUGCUGAUCGUUCUGUCCUGCAAGGUCAUUGGUGUGAGGUUGUAGACGUGGCAUUGCCGUCUGUGUUGCCAAAUCUCGAUAAAAAAAACAAGCCCAAAAUUUGCGAUGUCUUAAAUUAAAUAUUUCUACAAAAAAAUUGACGUGCUUUAAUAGACAACUUUCCCUCUAAGUUAAUAAAUACAGACACCUAUUAACAAUGGAGAAAAUAUUUAAUAAUUGCUUAGUCUUAGAUAAUGGUUAAUAGGUAGAUGUGUUUGAUGCUGUUUUUGAUAGACAAUGUUUUACUGGGGUAUGUAAUUGUACUA